AUGCCACAGAUCAAAACCAAGCUCCUGCUCACUGGACCAGCAGACUAUCUCGGCGGCUCCGUACUGGUCGGGCUUUUGCGAUCAGUCGACCCAAAAAUCCGACGGUUGGAAAUAUCCGUUCUGAUUGAGGAUAGGUAUCGCUCGGAGGUUUGGGCAAAAUACGGUGUAAAAACUAUUUCUUUCACUGGCCCGGAUAAUCUUGAGCUACUGGCGUCUAUAGCCACCCAGCAUGAUGUCAUCAUCCACUGCGCGGCUGACUUUGGGCACGACUCCGUGGAAGCCCUGAUCGAUGGCCUCGGGAUUCGACGCACGCUUACCGGGAGCGCAGUGUACAUGAUCCACACAUCCACCACUGCAAAUCUUCAUGAUGCGGCCACGGCCCAGCGUGAUGUUGAAACUCCUUGGUUCGACGAUAGAUGGGAUAAUUUAGUAAAGUACAUGUGGCGUCGGCAGGACUGCGAGGUCUAUGGGCCCCGGACCACUGAUUUACUCCUCGCCCAACGCUCUCAAGAGACUGGGGUCCGGACGUACACCAUCAUGGCCCCGAUAAUUUACGGAUUCGGCACGGGCCCGUUCAACAAGAGAGGUGCAGCGUAUAUUCCGAUGCUAUCAGUAGCUGCCAUCCGAGCUCGACGGGCUGUUUAUCUUGGUACAGGCGCUAUUGACUAUGUCCAUAUUCAAGAUCUUGCCAGGCUUUACGAGCUGCUUCUGUGCCGUGUGCUAGCGGAUAAUUCUGAAAUACUGUGGAAGAUGCGGAGAAUUCUUUUCGCCAGUGCUGGAAGGUCAAGCUGGCCGGAGCUCGCCGCCGGAUUGGCGCGCGUGGGCUUUACGCUAGGCUGGCUGGAAGCUCCGGACCCACGAGCCAUCACUGUGGAAGAGGCGCUUUCCCUCGGCAUUGCCGCUACCAGACAGGAGUUGGAGCUUGGGUUUGCUUCCAGUUGUCGGGCGCGGGCAUCUCUGGCCCGGGAGUUGGGAUGGCAGCCACUGAAGACAGAGCUAGACUGGGAGCGUAAUUUUACGGACGAUUUUGUCCAGGCCAUUUUAGAUAUGCAAUGA